AUGAAGGCUUUAACUUCACCAGCGUCUCCCAGGCAGAGGAGUAUCAGAAGGAUCUCCAAACCAGUGAUGGAGAAACGCAGACGGGAGAGGAUAAACAGCAGUCUGGAGACAUUACGACUUCUGAUGCUGCAAAGCUCCCAAGAUGACAGACUGAAAAAUCCAAAGGUGGAGAAGGCAGAGAUUCUGGAAAGUGUGGUGAACUUCCUACAGUCAGAGAUGGAGAUGGAGAAGGGUCACCAGGCCGUGAACAGAGUCCUUACCCGGGAGCAAAGACCGACCUCCGGCCGACAGCACAACUACCGAGAUGGCAUGAGGUCCUGCCUGCUGAGGGUCAGCCACUUCAUCUCCAGCAAGAGCCGUGAAUUAGGCCAGACUGAUGAGGGAGCAGGCGAGGCUCCCAAACCCCAGACACACCCUGCAUCUCCCGGACACAUCCACAAGGCACAUACCUCUCUGUCUCCUGAUUCGGUCCACCGUCAUCGCAAGAACGCUAAUCCAUCAUUCUGCACGGUGAGGACCGGCAUAAACUGCGACACACCGGAGCUGUUCUCUUCCCCGGAAGCCUGCAAGCACAUUCAGGAUCCUGUGUGGAGGCCCUGGCCGCAGUGA